UGCCGCGCCGGCCGGCCGGCAAUUCAGUCUGCCGACGCGACCCGACCCAAGUGCACGUACGUAACGCUACAAAACGCGGCACCCCACACGAUCGAACGUGCUUUUUUUACCCAGUGACAGAUACGAGAGGGCGACCUCUCCCAACCGACAAGAUUGCUUCACAAGUGGAAAUGCCGUCAAGUCUCUUCGGAGAGCUCGGAGGUGGGCUGGUGGAAGACCAGCGCGCGUUCCAGCUCGCUCUCGAGCUGAGCAUGCUUAACUUUGGCGAGAGUCUGCCCUCCGCAAAUCCGCUCGCCAGUCCUUUGGGAUUCGCACCGCCCCCGGACGAUCGCACCAAGAAAUCACAGAAUAUGACCGAAUGCGUGCCAGUACCAUCUUCAGAACAUGUCGCAGAAAUCGUUGGUAGACAAGGAUGCAAAAUCAAAGCUCUUCGGGCGAAGACUAACACCUACAUAAAGACACCGGUGCGCGGCGAGGAGCCCGUGUUUGUGGUAACCGGCCGCAAGGAAGAUGUGGCACGCGCUAAACGUGAGAUCCUCUCCGCCGCCGAGCACUUUUCCCAGAUCCGCGCCUCGCGCAAGUGCGGUGCGGCACCCCCGCCACCCGCCGGUGCCCCCGGACACGUCACGGCGCAGGUGCGCGUGCCCUACCGCGUCGUGGGGCUCGUCGUAGGACCCAAGGGCGCUACAAUCAAGCGCAUUCAACACACAACACACACUUACAUAGUGACGCCCUCGCGUGAGCGUGAACCUGUCUUCGAAGUGACUGGACUGCCAGAAAGCGUCGAGGCAGCCCGCAAAGAGAUUGAGGCACAUAUUGCUCUACGCACCGGUGCCGCUGGAGGAGCCGCAACCGGCACUGGAGUUCCAGGCGGGGAAGGUGAGCCCCUGGCCCAGUUGUACCGCGCUGGACUGGCCUCGUUACUUCGUCCCGAACAAGAAGCCGCAUUUUCCUCCGCAGGGUCGUGCUCGUCGGGUGGCUCCUCGGGCCGAUUGGGCGACCUGCUAGGCAUUUGGUCAUCGACGGAACGCGACGAGGGUCUGGGCGAGUCGCCAUCGUUCGAGUCACCGAGUGCGGGCAGCGUGUGGGCCUGGGGCCCUCCGAGGCCAUCUCCCGCGGCGUCUCCAGCUCGGGCGUGCGCCGUGUGUGGCGAGCGUGGUGUGGCGGCAGCGCUGGUGCCGUGCGGCCAUAACCUGUUCUGUCUGGAGUGCGCGCAACGACUCGCGGCGACGGCUGCGCCCUGCCCCGCCUGCGCUGCGCCCGCGCAUCAAGCCAUUCGCAUACUCUCAUAAAUAUUUGCGGCUAGCCGCAUUCCCCUCGAGGGGCUCGAUUUUUUUACUUAAAUCGUUACGAAAAUAAUAAAAAAAAUCGCGUAAUCGAAAUCCUGGUGCCAAAAGUCGGCGCCUCGCCGGCACGGCCCGUCCGCCGCGCCGAACCUAUCGUAAGUCGGCAGAGUUACUCACGAUAUAUUUUCUUAUUAUGAACGUUUUUUAUUAUGGCGUCGAGCGUCCGCCGCGCUCGUCGCCGCAGAGAGUCGAGGUACGUUACGAUAGAAUUUCGAAAAAAAAUGCAUAAAAUUUAAAAAAAGUUGUAUAAUUAUUAUUAUUAUUGAUAGCAUAAAUGAGAAAUCGAAAAUUUAUAAAGCUUACCUAACGUAGUAGCGUAAAAUAUUAAGAUAUCGUAAUAUAAUAAUUAUGAAAGCGAGGGACGGGCGGCGUGGGGAGCGCGCCGCGCGGAGCGGCCUUAGCCAAUGUGUUGUUGAUAGGUAAUGAUUGCAGGGCGUGUUGUUGUGUCGGUAGCUAGUAAGGUAGUGUAAUGGCCGCCCGGGGCAGGCGCCGACCCGCUCGGGGUGCGCUUGGCCCGCUCGGGCCCCGCGUCGCCCGCUACGCUCCCCCGCGACCCAUGCUCAUUAUUUUGACUAUACGAUUAUUCGCUUAAAUGAUAUUAUACAUACGUACACACUAUAAUUAUGAUAAUAUUAAUAUAAUGUUUGUUUUAAGUGUGUUUUAAUGUUUAGAUUUUUAUUGUAAUGUUUUUAUGAAUGAUUUUUAUCUGUACGAUUAUUAUUAUUGAUUAUUAUUUUAUGUGUUGACGAUGUUUUUUUGUGAUGAAGCGCCCGCGCAAGCGUAGCGCGGACCGAGGCUGCCGUGUGCUCGUUUAGUGGUUAAUAUCGACUAAUAAAUUUAAAGUAAUAAAUAAUAAAGAAAUAAUACGACUCAUUCAUUAUUAUUAUUAUUAUAAAAUAUAGUAGUUUGUAGCACGACAUUGACUAACCAUUACCUAUUGAUACUUAUUAAGUAUUAUUAAUUAUUAUUAUAUUGAAUAAAUUUAAUAAAUGCAUAAUUAUAUUUCAUAGGAAUCAUUAUUCUGUAUAACUCUAGUUAAAUAUAACGAUAAUAAAUAUGAUUGUAUUUGUAUGGGACGAUAUUGUUAUUUCGUUUAACGGGGGGCUGGUUUUAUGGAUUAAUAUUUUUUUAUUUUUUUACCGUUAUUAGUUUUUGACUUACUCAUGUAAAGAUACGCGAGGAUUAAAAACUGCCUAUUAGAUUAUAUUUUAAAAAAUAAAGGUUACGUAAAAUCAGCCCCCGUCGUACGUAGAUCCAGUUAUUUCGAUAAUUUUAUUUUCAUAUUAAAAUGGGUAGACGCUUUAGGUUCAAAAUAACGUUGUGAAAAUUUGUGAAAUUUUGUAGACUACAUAUCUUAUUAUAAAUCUAAUAUAAACUAUAAAUUUCGAA